AUGUCAUUUCUCUUGCUCAUGUGCAAGCCCCUCUGUCCUCUACCUGGCACUGAUAGGGAUGGGUCAACUUCCCUGUGUGGCGGAAUAGCUGGGGCAGCCUCUUGUCACCUGGAGAUGGUGGAAAGUGAGCGUAGGAACAGCAGGCGUCCCCCCUCCUUCCCUGGGAUCCUCCCUGUGCCCUUCUCAGGGGGAUUUGCUCUUCUGGGCUUCUUCAUCAACAUGGUUCCUAGUCAUGGGUUCAGCACGUUCAGUUCAGUGGAGUCCUUAUUAGGUGUUUUCCUGUGCCCAACAGUGAGGAUGGAGAAUGGGGAUAAGAAGGACAAAAAGGAGAGGGAUUGUGUGGUGUUUAAUGAUAAAGAGAUACAGACAGACAGAGAAACAGAACAGACAUACAGAAGGUGGAAAGUCUCAGAGAAGCUGAGUUGCUCAACCCAAGCCACACAGCUCCUGCAUGAACUGAGCGGCAGAGCUGAGAUUCAGGCCAGUCUGCGGACCCCGGUUGCAGGCGUGCUGCGCUGCUCCUCGCUGCUCUCCUGCGAAAUCUCAGGAUUGUCUGGCUCAUCGAAUCCAACCUCAAUCUGCCCAAUCUGUUGGGCUUAGGAAGUGACCAAAGCCAAAGGCUGGUCUGGGAGAGAAAAAGGAGACAGACGGGUUAAUUUGGACAAGCCCCUGCCAGCUGCUGCUUCUCCUGCCUUGGGAAAGGCUCAGUGGCCUGUUUCUAUCAGAUUCAUAGACCCUAUCAAGAAAAGAGAUGUUUAA